AUGGUGGUCAAGACUUCAUGGUGGAGCCUCCUGCUCCUGGUUUCCCUCUGGGGUCUCUCAGCUCCAGCCUUGCUUCUCAGGCGCCUGAGAGAACACAUUGAGAGGUUUCAGGAGAGCUCUGGUCAACACCUGAGCUCAGGCCUUGGCUCUGGUGCUGUGACUGUCCCCAGACUUGGGUGGCUGGAACAGCCACUAGACCCCUUCAAUACAUCAGAUCGACGAACCUUCCUGCAGAGGUACUGGGUGAAUGACCAAUACAGGGCUGGCCAAGAUGCACCUGUAUUUCUGCACAUCGGGGGUGAAAGCAGCCUUGGGCCGAGCUCAGUGAUGGCAGGGCAUCCUGCAGCCCUGGCCCCUGCCUGGGGAGCCCUGGUGAUAGGCCUGGAACACAGAUUCUAUGGUUUGAGUCUGCCUGUUGGGGGCCUGGACAUGGCCCAGCUUCGCUACCUGUCCAGUCGGCAUGCGCUGGCGGAUGUGGCCUCGGCCCGCCAGGCACUCUCUGGCCUCCUCAACCUGUCCUCCUCCAGCCCCUGGAUCUGCUUCGGAGGCUCCUACGCUGGCUCGCUGGCGGCCUGGACCCGGCUAAAGUUCCCCCACCUGGUCUUCGCCUCAGUCGCCUCCUCCGCGCCGCUGCGAGCCGUGCUGGACUUCUCCGCUUACACCGAGGUGGUGUCCAGAAGCCUGACGAGCGCGGCCAUUGGAGGGUCGCUGGAGUGCCGGGCGGCGGCGUCCGCAGCCUUCCAGGAGGUAGAGCGGCGGCUGCGCGCAGGCCCGGGAGUUCGCGCCAAGCUGCGGGCGGAACUGGGCGCCUGCGCAUCCCUGGACCGCCCGGAAGACCAGGCGGAGCUGCUGGGGGCGUUGCAAGCCCUGGUGGGCGGCUCAGUGCAGUACGACGGACAGGCGGGCGCGCCGCUCAGCGUGCGGCAGCUCUGUGGGCUCCUCCUGGAGGGCGACGGCAACCACAGCUACCACACGCCCUACCGCGGGCUUCGCCGGGCGGUGCAGGUUAUAACUCGCAGCGUGGGCCAGAGGUGUUUAAGUUUUUCUCGGGAAGAAACUGUGGCUCAGCUGAGAGCCACCACGCCCCACGUGUCUGGUGUGGGUGACCGGCAGUGGUUGUACCAGACAUGCACAGAGUUUGGCUUCUAUGUCACCUGUGAGGGGCCUCAGUGCCCUUUCUCCCAGCUCCCAGUACUUCCCUUCCAGCUAGAUCUGUGUCAACAAGUGUUUGGUCUCUCAGUGGCAUCUGUUGCCCAGGCUGUGGCCCAGACAAACUCUUACUAUGGUGGCCAGACCCCCAGAGCCACCCAAGUGCUGUUUGUUAAUGGAGACACAGACCCCUGGCAUGUACUGAGUGUAACACAGGACCUGGGACCCUCCCAGCCUGCCCUUCUUAUCCCUAAUGCCUCCCACUGCUUGGACAUGGCUCCUGAGAGGCCUUCAGACUCUCCCAGCCUCCGCUUGGGGCGCCAGGGCAUCUUCCAGCAGCUGCAGGCCUGGCUCCAGCAGGCAAAGGAGAGGCAGAACAGAGGGAGGGUCUGAGCCCAGACCCUUACCUCUCCUGGCAUGGCCGCUGCAGCCCUGGCAGAUUUCCUCACAGGACGAAGGAAAACAGCUGGUUUGUGUUGGGUCUCCAGGACCCUCAUAAUUGUGGCAUAACUUACGACGAGGCCUAU